UAUUAUUACGCCGAAAAUUAUGUGUUAAAAAAAUCUUAACGAAACAUGGAAUGUAAAGUUAACGAUUUUUUAAACGAAAUCAAUGAAAUAGCUCCUCCGCCAUCAAAUGCAGAUCAGGACGAAGGUAUUAACCACAACAAAUUUUUGUAUAAUCAAUUAUUUUUCCUUUAAAUGGAUAUGAAUAUAAACUUAUAUUAUUUACAUAAAAACUGGAUCAAAAUUAUUUAAUUUUUUGGCGAAUGUCAUUAAUCUACAAUUAAAUAAUGAUUUUUUGAAGGUCUAGUUAGGAUUUACUAAUUUUUUUUAAUAGAACUGAGUUUUUCGAAAAAUAUGUGAUUACGUACUUAUAAGAAAUGACUGUAUAUAUGAGUGGUAAAGAACUUGAGUAAAUAUUUAUUAGUAUGGUAUAAUAACUUGGAAUAAAUGAUACGGUGUCUGUUUAAAAUAACAUUAACUUCUAGCGUGGUUAGAAAUUGGAAAUUUUCGUAACUUCUUUAAUUUUGAUUUCAAAUUUUGGAGUAUUUCUAUCAAUAUAAUUAGGAUUUUUGAAAAAAUCCGUAUGUAAAUUUCUUUAAUUACUUUUCCUAUCGUCAUGUAAAUAAAAACAAUUUUUCUGUCGCUUUUUUUGUUCUCAAUUGCGUAAAUGUAGAGUACUCCCUAUAGCAGGAACCAAGUUAAGAUAUUUUGGAAAAUGUAGCUGAAGAACAGGUUUGAGAAACCAAUAAAUCGAGCCAAAAUCAAAAUGUAGCAGAUUUGUAUGUACCGACGUUGAUGGUGUUAAAACGAAGAAAAUAUGUUGAAGAACAUCUCAAUGGCCUCAAUGGUGGAUUAAAUUUGUUAAUGUAUGGAAGCAAUGUUUCGACGAACUAACCGGUUAUCCGUAUUACUGGAACAAAAAUACUGAUGAAGUCACUUGGAAUCAGCCAAAAAGUUUUGAAAAAAACUAUAAACCUCCAUCUAAAAUCACACCUGAUAAGAACCAUAUAUUGAAUAAAGAAAUUAGACCCCCUAGUUCCAACAGUGUUCCAAAAGAUUUGAUAAAAAUAUAUUCAGUUGGAGAAACCAUGAAACAGAUGCCGAAAAAACCCGUGUCAAAAUUAGACAAAAAGCAAACGAAGAGGAAAUAUCCAAAGGGAGACGAUUCGGAUGAUGAGAAAAUUGUGUUGAUAUCAUCGUAUGGUACAGAUUCUGAAUCGGAAGAUGAUACAAAAAAAGCUAAAAAAGAUAAAAAGUCUGUCGAUUCAGACAAAUACAAUUCCGAAGAAGACGACGAUUUUGAUAUUUUAGCUAAAAUUCAAAAGAGAGCUCAAGAAUUGAAAGAACUAGGAGGAGAUAUUCCCGUCGAAGUAAAAGAAGUAGUCGAAACGUCGAAAAGAGAACUCCUGGAAGUACCGAAAAACGGUCCUUCAUUAGUCGCCAGUUAUUGUAGCGACAGCGAAGAAGAAAACGACGAAAUCAAAAAGAUAUUCCCGAAUAAUCCUGAACCGGUACAAGUUUCCCACAGCACUCUAUUCCCAAUUACCAAACCGAUAAACGUUAAGGAUUUCGUCCAAUCACAUCCUGAUUUAAAUACCGAUCGUACAUCUGACGUUGAUAAAACCGAAAUUUUCGAUGCGAAAUUAUUCAAAAGGAAAAAGAAAAUAGCCGUCCCGUUCGUUGGUCCUGUAAAAAAGGAUAAUCAGGACGGUGAAUCCAGGAAAGGAUUGGGUUACGAUAAGGAAAAUAAAUCUACGGAAAAAAAUAGUAACGGCAUGUAUCUGGGAUUUAGGAAAGGGGGCGUCGAAUUUGUAAAAUCCGACGUCUUGAAUCCUCCGGUGAAUAACGUUGAAGAAAAUUCUGUAAAUAAAUCUCAAGACGACAAAGAAACUGAGGAAAUCGAAAAUAUGUAUUCGAUCCUUAAGGACAAAUUGUUAUUCUUAAACGAAGGUCGACCAACUUUAUCUUCGGUACAAUCCAUGGUGAUACAAGCCGAGACAUUAAUGACUGCUUUAAACGAUGGGGCGUUGAAAGGAUCUUAUAUUAAAAAGUGGUUGGAAGACACGUGUUCCGAAAUGAAAAAAUUAGAAAAAGAGGCAGCUCCGACCGGUUGGGUACUACAAUGGGACAAGAUACAUAGAAGGUACUUUUAUCAAAAUAAACAAAACGGUACCAGUCAAUGGGAAUAUCCCCAACCGGAUACUAAUACCAACGACGUAGCCAUGGAUAUAUCGACUACGCCGCCUCCAGUAUUAGAUAUCGAACCGGAAGAAUUGUCACCGCCUUUACCGCCAGUUUUACGCAGUCCCAGUCCGCCGCCACCACCUAUAAUCAGUAUAGACGACGCAGCCGAAAUUCCUUUACCAAAUUACGACGUACCUUUAGACGUCGAUGCUGUCCAAUUAGUUUCUCAAAAAGUCGAAUUGAACGGUCAACCUCUACCUCCAGGCGUCGAUCCGGCUGAUGUCGCUACCGCACCUCCACAACAAACUGUACAAUUACCUCAAGAAAAAGACAGUUUGAAUUCGGCGUUGGAUUCUUUUUAUUCGGAUAUAGCUGCUAUUAGUUCGCCUUUACCUCAACCUGAAGAAGCUAAUAGGGUAACUGCUACAGUUGCACCAGUUUUGUCCGAAAUACCAGCCGAAAGUGUAAAGAAAAAGAAAAAAGUGAAGCUGAUAUCGAAUUUAGGUAUGAAGAAAAAAGGAGUGUCGCAAUUGGUGGAAAAGUGGCGGAGCGUCCAACAAGAAUAUAAGAAUUGAAUCGUCAAUUCCUUUUUUAUGUAUAUAAAUUAUUUUUAUUAUUUAAAAUAAAUUUAAAUAGUUUUUUUUUUCAAAUAUCACAACCAGUAAUUACUUUUAGAAGUUCCCUUUUAACGAUUAAGUUGUGGUAGUACAGGGUU